AAUAUUUCGCUUGGAUUUUACAUACAGACGACGACCAGUGCCCUGUAAGAUUAAUCACAAUCAUUCAUCGAAGAAUAAAAAGGUGAAUUGCAGCCAGCGUUGAUUGCUGCGAAUCCUGCACGUCGAUUUGUAUUGCUUCAGUGGGUGUCGGUGAUCUGGUCAAGGUGGCUCCUUUCAAGUUCAAAUUCAGCAGGAUGUCCAAGUCGAACUCAUCGACGAGGAGCAAUUCCGUGGAGACGCAGGAUAACUGCGACAGCGAGGUGAGCAGCCCACAGAACAACGUUCCGGCCAUCCUGGAGGGCACCGAGGGUCAGGACCUGAUGCCGUCCAGUCCUCCGCCAUCCUACGAGUUUGUUUUGGAAGAAACGAGAUUGCAGAAGCAGGCCAGCGUGUCCACGCCAACAAAGGGUCCAGAAAUCCUGCACAAAUCCAGCAAGGAGCUGUACAAAGCCGUCGCGAAGCAAUUCGGAAUCACGUGCAAAAUGUCGGAUCAGUGUAGAUGCUUCGACUGCCAAAGUCACUACUUCGACUGCGAGUACGAGCAGAACGAGCAGGAGAAGACGGACGGAGGACUCGGCGCUGGAACACCAAUGUUCAUAUCGGAGGUGAUGCACGGUACGGCCUGCAGUAUCCUUUAGACACAGCCUUCGCCUUCCCCCCCUUUGGACAGGUUGAAGCAAACUUCGACUAUUAUUUUUGUAACAUUUCGGGCGCAAUUUAGAAGACCUGACGAAUGUAACAUAGUCUGAUAUAUAGGUGCUUACAAAAAGAGAAUCUCGAAAGUGUAGAUUCCAUUUAGACGAA